AUGUCGACCUACCAGGAGUUCAUCCAACAGAACGAAGAUCGGGAUGGAGUGAGAUUCAGUUGGAAUCUCUGGCCUUCGAGUCGCCUGGAGGCCACAAGGCUGGUAGUCCCCGUCUCCUGCCUCUUCACACCUCUCAAAGAAAGGCCCAACCUGCCUCCAGUCCAAUAUGAGCCAGUACUGUGCAGCCGGGCCAACUGCAAGGCAGUGCUCAACCCCCUGUGUCAGGUUGACUUCAGAGCCAAAAUAUGGGCUUGCAACUUCUGCUUCCAGAGAAACCCCUUCCCUCCAUCUUAUGCCGGCAUAUCGGAAGUGAACCAGCCAGCUGAACUCAUGCCCCAGUUUUCUACUAUUGAAUACAUAGUUCAGCGUGGGGCCCCCGCCCCCCUCAUCUUUCUCUAUGUCGUGGACACGUGUUUGGAAGAGGAGGACCUGCAGGCCCUGAAGGAGUCCCUUCAGAUGUCCCUGAGUCUGUUACCACCCAACGCCCUGGUGGGCCUCAUCACAUUCGGACGCAUGGUCCAGGUUCAUGAGCUCAGCUGUGAGGGGAUCGCAAAGAGCUACGUGUUCAGGGGCACCAAGGACCUGUCUGCCAAACAGAUCCAGGAGAUGCUCGGUCUGUCGAAGCCCCCCGCAGCAGGACAGCAGGGCCGCCCUCAGGCCCCUCAGGAUGCCACUGCCUCCUGCAGGUUCCUCCAGCCCGUGCACAGAGUGGACAUGAAUCUGACCGACCUGCUCGGGGAGCUCCAGAGAGACCCCUGGCCCGUCCCCCAGGGCAAGCGCCCGCUCCGCUCCACCGGCGUGGCUCUGUCGGUCGCCGUCGGCCUUCUGGAGGGCACAUUCCCCAACACAGGAGCUCGUGUGAUGCUUUUCAUUGGUGGGCCACCCACCCAGGGCCCCGGCAUGGUGGUGGGUGACGAGUUGAAAACCCCCAUUCGUUCCUGGCACGACAUUCAGAAGGACAACGCACGCCACUUAAAGAAAGCCACCAAGUACUAUGAGGCCAUGGCCAACCGGUCAGCAGUAAACGGCCACUGUAUUGACAUUUACGCCUGUGCGCUGGACCAGACGGGGCUGCUGGAGAUGAAGUGCUUGUCUAAUCUCACAGGGGGGCACAUCGUUAUGGGAGACUCUUUCAACACCUCGCUUUUCAAGCAAACCUUCCAGAGAGUCUUUAGCAAGGACUUCAAUGGAGACUUCCGCAUGGCCUUUGGGGGUGUCCUCGAAGUCAAGACCACAAGGGAGCUGAAGGUUUGCGGGACCAUCGGGCCGUGCGUUUCACUCAACGCAAAGGGUACCUGUGUUUCUGAGAACGAGAUGGGAAUCGGUGGCACAUCCCAAUGGAAAGUGUGCAGCCUCAACCCCUCCACGACUUUGGGCGUUUACUUUGAGGUGGUGAAUCAGCACAACGCGCCCGUCCCCCAGGGCGGCCGAGGGGCGGUCCAGUUUGUGACCCAGUACCAGCACUCCAACACACAGAGGAGGAUACGGGUCACCACCAUCGCCAGAAACUGGGCAGACGCCCAGUCUCAGAUCCAGCACAUCGAGUCGUCGUUCGACCAGGAAGCCGCCGCCGUGCUCAUGGCCCGGCUGGGGGUCUUCAGGGCGGAGUCGGAGGAGGGCCCGGACGUCCUGCGCUGGCUGGACAGGCAGCUCAUCCGCCUGUGUCAGAAGUUUGGCCAGUUCAACAAGGACGAUCCCACCUCCUUCAAACUGUCGGAGUCCCUGUCCCUUUACCCACAGUUUAUGUUCCACCUGCGGAGGUCGCCGUUCCUUCAGGUGUUCAACAACAGCCCCGAUGAGUCGUCCUACUACAGGCACCACUUUGUCCGGCAGGACUUGACCCAGUCCCUGAUCAUGAUCCAGCCCAUCCUCUACUCAUACUCCUUCCACGGACCACCAGAGCCUGUGCUUCUGGACAGCAGCAGCAUCCUGCCUGACCGGAUCCUGCUGAUGGACACUUUCUUCCAGCUGGUCAUCUACCAUGGAGAGACCAUUGCCCAGUGGCGAAAGGCGGGCUACCAGGAAAUGGCCGAGUAUGAGAACUUCAAGCAGCUGCUGCAGGCCCCUCUGGACGACGCUCAGGAGAUCCUGCAGACCCGCUUCCCCAUGCCGCGCUACAUCGACACCGAGCACGGAGGCUCUCAGGCCCGCUUCCUCCUCUCCAAAGUCAAUCCCUCACAGACCCACAACAACCUCUAUGCAUGGGGACAGGAGACAGGAGCCCCGAUCCUGACCGAUGACGUCAGCCUGCAGGUCUUCAUGGACCACUUGAAGAAACUGGCUGUUUCCAGCUCUGCGUAG